GCAGCAGGUGCGUCCUCCUCAGCAUCCACGGCUCCGCCCCUCUGCCACUUGCUAAGCUGGAGGAUUUAAGCGGGCCCGCCGUAAUGAUGAGGGCUUUCCGAGACUGAUUGAUUUCAAAACUUGACGGGUUUCGAGUUUCACAGAGAUGAACCCCGAGGUGGAUUACGGAGGUUCCGGGAGCAGCGGGAACGGAAAACUGCGCCAGUGGCUCAUCGAGCAGGUGGACUGCGGGAAAUAUCCCGGACUGGUGUGGGAGAACGACGAGAAGACCAUCUUCAGGAUACCGUGGAAACACGCCGGGAAACAGGACUACAACCGGGAUGAGGAUGCCGCGCUUUUCAAGGCCUGGGCGCUGUUCAAGGGCAAGUUUCGGGAGGGGAUCGACAAACCGGACCCGCCGACCUGGAAGACGCGCCUCCGCUGCGCCCUCAACAAGAGCAACGACUUUGAGGAACUGGUGGACCGGAGCCAGCUGGACAUCUCAGAUCCGUACAAAGUCUACCGCAUCAUCCCUGAGGGCGCCAAGAAAAGACCCCGACAGGAGGACAGUCCUCUGAGUCCAAUGAGCUAUCCGGUGCACUCCUACAAUGCGCUGCAGACUCAGAUGUCACAGUACAUGGCCACACCUGAAUGUGGCUGGAGAGAUUACUGUCAGGAGCAGGCCUCUCUGCCAGAGCUGCCCUUCUCUCAGUGUCCCUGCCCCCCUCGCAGCCUUCCCUGGCAGGGCCCGUCCAUGGAGAAUGGAUAUCAGCUCAGAGCCUCAAUUUACUCCUACGGUCCCGCUGACAGCCAGCCCCCGCCGUUCCCACUGGACGCCAGCAUCAGAUCAGCAGAGGCUCUCUCAGACUUCCGUCUGCAUGUGUCUGUAUAUUUCCGGGACAGUCUGGUGAGGGAGGUGACCACUUCCAGUCCGGAGGGGUGCCACAUCACUCCGUGCUCCCCGGAGGAGAAGCACUACCUGCCGCCGGGUCCCGAGGUGGUCCCCCUGCCCGUGGACAGCCUCUCAGCCCAGAGGAGGGCAGACGAGUGUCCCCCGAGUCCUCCCUCCACCCUGGAGAGGGGUGUGUUACUGUGGAUGGGCGCAGACGGACUCUACGCUCGGAGGCUGUGUCAGAGCAGAGUGUACUGGCAGGGAGGACUGUACGGAGACAAGCUCAACAAGCUGGAGAGAGAGGUCAACUGUAAACUCCUGCACACCCAGGACUACCUCACAGAGAUCCAGAGUUACGGGCUCCACGGGCGGCCACUGCCUCGUUUCCAGGUCCUGCUGAUUUUCGGAGACGAGUGUCUGGACCCACAGAGACAAAGACGGACCCUCACUGUCCAGGUGGAGCCGCUGAUUGCCAGGCAGCUCCUGUACUACGCCCAGCAGACGGGUGGCCACUACUACCGCGGCUACGAGCACCCGGGAGUCACGGACCACAUAAACACCCCGGAGGACUACCCGAGGGCCAUCACACACCACCACAGCAGCAGCCUGCAGGAGUGAACUGUGCUCAGGUUCAAGUGACUGUUGAAAACUUCCCAGAUGCAGCAAUGACCUUUCACACAGGCGACUAGAAAACUGAGACAAGAGGAAAAAAAACUUGGACAGUAUUAUGUAUAAAUGAUGGACAUUUUAGUGACAGUUACUAUUUGCCUGGUGGGGUUGUGUGUGUGUUUGUCUGUGUAUGUAUGUGUGUGUAUGUAUAUGUGUGGCAGAAAACUUGCAGGGUCAACAUUUUUUUUUCCUUACUGUAUUUUCACAAGGUGAUAAAUAUUUUCAAUACUUACUAUGCAAAGAAAACUGACAGCUUGGGUGAUUGUAUCAUAGAAAACUGUAAGUAAAAUUUGUGUGCCUUGAAUAAGUAGUUUGACAUUUUAGGAAAUUUGUUAACUCACUUACUUGCUGAGAGUUAGAUGAGAAGAUUGACACCAGUCCAUUAAUAUAAAGCUACAGCCAGCAGCUAGCUAGCUUAGCUUAGCAUAAAGACGGGAAACAUAGGGAGACAGUUAGCAUGACUGUCUAGAACUCAGUUUAGGAUGUUAUGUGUUGUGUGUUUAAUCUAUGCAAAAACUGAAGCAUGAAAAAGGUAAUUUGUGCUUUGCAGGGUUCACAUUGAAGCAUUUCUUCUGUUGCAUUUACGGUUGCCCUACGGGAUGCCUUAUGUCUCACUAUAUCUCUGUUACAAAACAGCCUACAGGAGUUGUUGUCUAGAUUGUUGUCUACUGACACCUGGGUGCAAAUAGCAUCUGCAGAUUUUUAAACUCUUCAGCAGAUAGCUGUUUCCGCCCUACUUCCUGUCUUUAUGCUAAGCUAAGCUAACAGGCUAAAGCUUCAUAUUUACCAAACAAACAUUACUGGUCUCUAUUGUCUCAUCCAACACUCAGCAAGAAAGCAAGCAAGCAUGUUUCUUAAAAUAUACAACUGUUCCUUUAAGAAGAAUAAUUCUUUUUUACAUUUAACUUGUAAAUAAUUUUGAUUUUUAUGUUGCUAGGAGACACUAUCAACACCAUGUAGUAAAUUAUGAAUGAAGUCUUGUGUCUGGCUAUGUACAUUAAAGAAACUGUUGGAGAGAU